UUGAUCGAGAUCCGUCGUGGUUAUAAAGCAUUGUCGACAAUGACUGGGGCAUACCUGUGACACGGCGACUGUGGAUAGCAGAGAGCACGGUAUUGGUUGACGGCAUUUACAGCUCGGCUAAUUCGUAUUUUACUUUAUCAAUGAAUAGUAGUAGCGACGAUGUAGACAUGUAUUGUAUUGUCAAGGUGUAGACCGGGGCGGUCAGGGCAGCACUGUUAGUUCAUUCAUUGCCUUUACACCACUACAGGUAUACAGUAGUGAGACGUAUGUAUACACAACAUCAGACAGACGCAGGAAGAAAACGGGGGUUGAUCGAAGACAUCGGGAAGCUUUAAGGGUAUAGGGCGAUCGGAAAUACCGGUAUACCACCAGAUGUGAUGCUAUGGAGGGAUGUUAACAGUCGCUCUGCACUGAUUGUGAGGUAUAGCGGCAAACAUGGAUACACAGCUGGCCAUACCCACGAGAAUCUCUUUCUGUAAAACACAGACUUUGCUAAAGGUGUGCAAAGAUUUCUAAUUUUUGAUUAAUUAAAAUCGCCAAGUUUCACAUCUAGAUACACAUGGAUCAAUAAGCUCAUAUAUACAAGACUUCUAUCGUAAAAAAGCACUCGCAUACCAACAUUUUCGUUUUUAUUGGAUAUCCGCUAUAUGAUGUCAACAUGUGAUUUUCCCCGGAUUACCCGAGAUGUAAUAUAAGAGAUUACAUUAUUACACUGGAUUUACACAGCAUAUACAGCUUAUUGCACACUGUGAAAAGAGGAGCUAUACCCUAGUCAUCAAAUAUGCAUUACCUCAAGCAAAAAACGUUUUCUUUCAUAUUGAGUGUCUGUAACUUUAUCCAAGUGUUAAGCGUGCUACCGUUUAUUACGGACAACAGUUCAGAACGGUUUAGCCUUGAUGAUGGACAGUGGUCAAGUUCGGGAAACUUGAGGGAGUCCGAUUGGGCAGAGGCAGCUUAUAACUAUGUACAUCACUUAGACUGUAAUAAUGUGUUUUUCACGACCGGGAAAGAGUGUCGGGACCUGGUGACUAUCCCCAAAUCCUCAAUGGUAAUACAUAUAGCUCCAAAAACUAUCGUGGGACGGUACAAAGCAGUACUGCCAGAUGAGGUUUUAAGCAGAAAAGAAACCUUUGAUGGUGUAUUGGUAGUAGACCCGUAUCCCAAUGCAAACUUUGGACAUUUAGUCAUUGUUUUUGUGAUAAAGGAAGAAAAUAGGAAUACCUGUCGGACGAAGGACGGCCUUUAUAUAGAAUCAUCCGGAGACUGUUUAACACUGGCAUUAAAACGUCGUUGUAAGAACGCUAUAAAACGCCACGGUCGACGUAAGCACCACGCCAGACGAUGUGAGAUUAAUUUCCUUCCCGUGGUGCACUUCGACACCGGAAGAACACAGGAGUUAUACAUGGAACAAAGAUACAAUUUUCUCAAAUGUUGGAAAAAUAAAGAUGGAUUUGGACGGUGUCCGGAGCUAAGACCGCUGAAUGAAUCGACAGAACUCAUCUGCAACCCAAUCAAGGAGAACACAAAACGAUGUUCUACCACACACGAAAUGGUGCACACGACGUGUAGAAUUUUCGAGAUUUGUGACCAGGCGGUUCUCGUGUCUGGAGGAUGGAACCGACAAACGACCGGAAUCAGUCAUAAGCACAAUCUGGAACGUUUCUAUUGGAUGUUACGCCAGUACGCGUUCAAAAAAAGGAAUAUCAACAUAUUCUUUGCGAACGGAGCUACCGGCAUCAACCUACCGGGAGAAAGUCCUCACCAGGUCCACCCUGCGGCCAUGAAGUACGCCCUACGAUACCAUAUCCAGACUCUAUGUCGGUCACCCCAUUGUGUCAACUCUCUUGUUCUGUACCUCAACAGUCCCGCCAAGACAGACGGAACAAUGCUGCUAUGGGAUGUCAACAAUGACGGACUGGCGGAAGAUAAUGAGAAGUACCCAUUGAGUGAGUUAAAGGAGGACCUCGCACACUGUUCAGCUAGUUAUGUACACGUCAUUGUGGACCAGAGUUACGCUGGACAGAUUGGGGAUGCGUUCCGGAACUCUCACCGUCAUCGGAACGUGAUAGUAUUCGCCAGUGGGCGUGACAAUGAGUACAGUUUUGACGGUGAAUACACGCGACAGUGGGUCAAGGCCAAUCACACACAGGAGUGCACGUGGCAGGUUCACAAGCACAGCAAAAAUUCAAUCAAACACUCGACGCCGGAGGUGAACGAGGGGUCACGUGGUGCAGUUAGGACUACACUGUUUGGCGCCCCAUGCAACGUCAUUCCACCCUUCACCCAGCGUGAACUACGUCACAACUAUUUGGGUUGUCAAUCCUUACCAACCGCUCUCUGGAUAACGAAACUCCUUUCACAGUCCGAAUACAAAUCAAAGGAUGCAUCGCCAUGGCGACGGAAAUGACGUCGAAAAAAGGGAGGUUAUCAUGUCUGAUACUUAUCAGAACUUAAUUUCCUUCCAUCCCAGACUUUUCUAGAAGGGAAGCCUCUCAAUGUUGGAUUUCUUCUUUACUGAAAACAAUUGUGAUCCAACUGUUCAUGAGGAGCCUACACCAAAUAUUUCUGUAACCACAACGGUUAUUGCAUUUCUUGUGAAUAUUCGUGUGAAAAGAUUUAAAAGGGUGCAUCAAAUAGUGGAUAAAAAGAAAGCAAACUGAUCAUAAUGUGUAUCAAUGUAGUGGUUUUCACAUCUAGAAUUAAACCUGUCGACGAGAUAUUGGUGAUAAACCAGUGCUGUAGUAUUAUAUCUAUAAAGUUGUGUUAAUACUCUGACACUAAAUGCAUACAGUGGAACUGUGUAUGCAUGGUAAACUAACUCUGAGACCAAAUGUAUACAGCGGACCUGUUUCCAUGGUGAACAAGCCCCGAUUACCGAUAGUUAUGCAGUUGUGUUUUAAAUAGCACCAAUGUAAGGACAUCGGACAUGUCUCUAGGAGAUCAUAUAUAACACCAAUUAGGUGUCGACAAAGGAAAUUCUUCUUGAAAAGAAACACUAGUUUACACAGUAUCGUAUAUCAGUCGGUAAACGAAUGACGCAUUAAACAAUGUGUGCUACGUCAUAUAUAUAAGAGAUGUAUUGUACACACAAACCGAUGAUGGAGAUAGUUUUGUGUUGAUGUAAUCAGCGCUUAAGGUAUACCAUAUUGGAAUAGUUAUACCUGAUACAGACUUGUUGGUUAAUUAGAUCAUGUUGAUAAUUUAUAUGUACAUAAUUAUUUGGAUGUAUACAAACUGUUGAAAAUUACCAUGUUGUACCAUGUAUUUUGUUGACAUCAAAGAAAUAAUUGUUAUUGUAAAAUGCAUAUGUUUGUUACGUAUAACCUUGAUCCCAAAUAAAAUACUGUAAAUGUUCUGGUUUUCGUUGGUUGGUUCAGUUUGCACAAAAACUCAUAAUUAUCGAGAUUCAUGUUCGCAGGUUUAUGUUUACGAUAAAAAAAACAUUGUUAAUUGUCUAAAAAAACUAAUUGAUCAGUUUUUUGCGGAAAUAAACAUCAACCGCAAAAAGAUAAAACUAAUAGCUAUACGAAAAUGAGAAUUUUUGCAGUAUAAAUAUACAUAUUGAACAGCGGUACAUCAUAAAUAUUUCAAAUAUUCAUUAAAUUCAAGUUAUUAAAGAACAAUUAUAAUAUGUAUUUUAAUUGUUAUAGUAUGCAUAUAAUUUUAGAGAGUUAUUUACACAAUGACACGUGGCUGAUUUCUGGUCCUCUACUGAAAUAUUUUUUUUACAUUAAGACGGGACUGUAUAAUAAGCAGUGUCCUCAACUUGAAAAAUCAAUAAUAUUAUUUGGACUGAAAAAGAACGCAUUUUACAGUAUUAUUGUUUGCCAUUUUUUCAUAAUAGAUGUUUACAUUCAAUACAUCAUGUAUCAUAUCAGAUGUCGAUUUCACUAACAUGUGAACUCAGAUAUUGACAGUACUCUGGAUUUGCAACAUGUUGGAUAUUGUAGUCUAAUGGUCAUUAUUUGUGUUAUUAGUAACUUUAGGGACAUGAUGGUCUAGUAAUAACGUUCAGGCACUAUUGUAUUUCUCAAUACCAGACCUAAGCGUCUGUAACAGAAGGGACUGACUGAUAUUUUUUCAAUCACGACUAUCUACCCCCUUCCCGUUAAAAAAAGGCAAAAUGUUUGUCAUAGAAUGUAAAAAUAUGUGGUAAACAUCAGUAUUGUACAUAGGAGUAAUUUAGUCGUGUCUAAGAUCGAUUUGUGUUUACCAAUAUCAGCAUUCAUUGCAAACGUUUUAGUUAGCAAAGACGGUUCACAAUAGCAGGACGUACACACAUUUACCAACAUACAUAUCCCUCUCAAUGUGUGAUCAAUCCCAAAAUUGUUAAAUGAUCGUUAAAUGUCAUAGCUAUAUAAUUCCCCUAUUGAUAGUCAUGAUGUACUUUUACAUAUCAGUCCAACUGUUCCUUUUCGACUUCUGUUAACAAUUCUUACACGUAAGAAAUAUUGAAAACAAAUCCGUUUUGUAUGAUAUUGUAUAGCAAUACUUACUUGAAAUAAAGGGCCACUUUUAUCAUCCAAUGUAUUAAGUCAUUACGUCAGGUAGUUUUGGGGUCAUGACACAUAUUAAAAGAUUUGACGGCUUCAAUAUAGGCAACAAUCAAUGGACGUGUGGGGUUAACAUCACAUAUGACAGGACAGGGGGGUUAUGGGGGUAAAACACAAAUUGCAAGCGAGAGACAUGUGGGAUAAAGGAGUUAUCGGUUGAGAAUCGACAGGAUAACCCAUUGCAAGCAAGGGGUAUGUGGGGUAAAAUACACAAAACAAGUGAAUUAUUUGUGGGGAUUACAACACAUAUGACAAGCAGCCAGGGUUAGUUGAGAGUAUAAACCAGAAAAACACACAUUGCAAGCGAGCGAUAAUGGGUUAAAAUACGCGCAACAGUCCAGGUACUUGUGGGGUAACAACGCAUUUAAAUAGCUAGGAAGUUAUCGGUUAGCCAUAGACAGGUCAAGUCAAACUGAAGUGCGAAAAAGCACAUACUGUAAGCGAUGAAUAAGUGGGGUAAAACACACAACACAGGAAUUGUACUUGCGGGGGGCAACAACACAUGAAAUGCUAGGGAGUUGAGAGUUAAGAAUAGACAGGACAAGCAAGAUAGUUUUGAGGUAAAACACAUAUUAAAAGCGUGGAAUAUGUGGGAUUAAACACAAACAACAGGCCAGGUACCUGUGGGGGUAACAACAUAUUCGGAGUUUUGGGUUAACUGUACAUGGAACAAACCAUAGAAAUAUGGGGUUAACUACAAAUAUAAAUGGCCAGGAAUGUUAUGGUUCAUAUGCUUAGCCUAUGAAUGGUCGAGUACAAUGUGUCUUAUACCUAGACAUUAUUAGGGUCGGGAUAGGAGUGGGCUCAAUAGCAAUGGUCCUUAAAAAAGGGAAAAUCUCUUUAAUGGAAUGUGAAAUUCAUAAAAAGGAGCUGUCGUUAUCAAUAAUAUAUUUAAUUCUUAAUAGUUAGAAUUUAUUGUAGUAGCCCCUUUCAUAAUCAUAAUUAUAUUUAUGAUCGAACCAUCAAAUCUUAUAUUGACUUCCAAGUUUGCUGCCGCCAUAUUGUAUCUCAGUGUCUGUGAUUGUGGCUAUACAAUGCUAUGAUAUCGUGGCGUUAUUUAUAUAUAUUUUGUGUGAUGUUGUGCAAAUGUCAGACUUGUUAAGUUAUUGCUUGUUAAAAUGCAUCAAAAUAAAAAA